UAUAUGAAGGAUAAAUUGAUUUAUGAAUACCGAAGUGUUACCACGCAGUCAGUUACUGAAUUUUAUCAAUUAGUGGUAUGACGUCUACUUCUCACAAAAUUUAGACAUCACAGCCUAAACCCGAUUAUCAGUUUAUCACGAUGAGUAGAUAACACGGGUCACAGAAAUAUUAUAAUUAGCUUACGAAACAAAGGACAUUGAAACAAUCGCUUUUUACCUUUUUACAAAUAGAAUACGUGUUAAAGAUGAGUAAACGAAAGGCCCCCAAUAAGCCAACCAGCACCAGCACACCUCCCAAGAAAAAGAAUAGCCAGGAGCCACAGCACAUGCAAUUGGAUACAAUUAUUCCAGCUGUAACACAAUCCGUCCUGGCAACGCUGAAAGACAUGGGGGUGCUGAAAGGUACCGAGGAGUCGGGGCAACCAACUACCAGCAGCAGCAGUCUCAGUCCAGAUCAGGGAACAUCACAAUGUCAGACACCGGGCAAUACAGAUGAAGGUACAACAGACUGUCAACCUCCAGUGAUGCCUAUACCCAGUAGAAUGCCAGUACAAGGUGGAGCAAUAUUUGACAGAAUGCGCUUGGCAGAAUCCAGUUCGGGAAGUCAUUCAAGAGGCUCAGAUAAUACCCUGACAGACGUAGCUCAGUGUUUAGUAACAUCAUCCCUCUCUCAAGCAUCGCAGAACACAUAUAACAGAGCCUUAAGCAUUUACAAGUCUUUCGUACAGACGAACAAACACAUUCCUGACGCAAUGCCGAUAACAACUCAAAACUACUUAUUCUUCAUUGCCUACUGUCAUGAGAAAAAGAUGGCUGCUUCAUCAGUCAGCACCUACAUAUCCGCAUUGACAUAUGUACAUAAAUUAAUUGGCUUGCAAGAUUUUGCAUCAAAUUUUUUAGUUAAGAAAUGCUUGCAGGGAUACAACAAUUGUUUGAAAUCUCCAGACAAAAGAUUGCCCAUCACCAUAGAAAUGUUGCACAAGUUACUUGAGUCUGUUGAUAAAGUAUGUACAGGUCUCUUUAUGAAAGUAAUGUUGAAAGCGAUGUACCUCCUGGCUUUUCAUGCUUGUCUGCGUAUUGGGGAGUUCACAAGCAAUAAAGGUGCACCUGCUAUCAUAUCUUAUUCUGAUUUGACAUUUAAAGAUUUUCAGAAUGGUUUACCUACACUCAUGGAGGUUCGAAUCUCCAAUUUUAAACAUUCUAAAGGGCGAUCUGUUGUCAUAGCAAUAACAGCUAAGAAAGAAAAUAAACUGUUUUGCCCAGUAUCGAACAUGUGGCAUUAUGUGUCUUUACGCGGACCGGUUGACGGGCCCCUGUUCACAUUCCUGGACAGGGAACCAGUUACUCGUUCAUUCUUUAGUACUAUGCUGGGCCGUUGCCUGAUCUUUUGUGGGUAUGACAACAAGGUAUAUAAAGGGCAUAGUUUCCGAAUAGGCGCUGCCUCUGCAGCAGCCAGUUUGGGCAAGUCUGAGAGUUUCAUUCAGGAAAUGGGUAGAUGGAAAUCAACCGCGUUCAAAAAGUAUAUCAGAAUCCAAAGUUUUUCGGUGUAAUGGGACAUCAACACUUGAUUUAGGUUUAGGAAGGACUGGCCAAGGCAGCUUUGAUGAACAUGCACAUGUAUAUAACUGUAGAUAUAUAAUUUUGUUCAGUACUUAAUUGCAUAAUUAAGGUGUCUCAAGUUUUGGGCUUGAACAUCAUUUGGUAAGCUGUGUCAAGUUUUGGGCUUGACCACCUUAUGGUCUACUGUGCCACAAGUUUUGGGCUUGGGCACUAAUCAGAUGGUGUAUCAAGUUUUGGGCUUAUACAUCACAAAUUUCACAUGCCACAAGUUUUGGGCUUGGGCACCAGAUAUUUUUCUAAUACUGAAAAUUUUGGGCGUCAGCACCAAGGCAAUAUUUGUUUUUGUUUUUGCUUUUACUUUAAUUCUUACAAUAAUAUACCCUUUGUAUUUAACCUUAUUUUUUCUAUAUGUCUGUACAUAUUAGCGAUGAGGCUUUCUAAUUUUGAUUGAACUGUUCAAUUUUUCUUUCACUGCCUGGGCUACUUUUACAUAAGAUUUUAAGAAAUCUGAAUUAUAUUGUUUCAAAUUAAUCAUUUUCAAUUCUUCCAUGGUUAGACUUCAGUUAAAAAUUUUACUCUUAUUAACAGUACAUAUGUACGUUUAUAUCAAUUUUCCUAAAUGAAUAUGCCUAUGAUAUGGCUAGCAAAUAUUUAGUCAACAUGCACAUGUCAUUGAAGUUAAAUCCACACAAUGUUGUAUUUGUAUAUAGAUUUUGUCAUUCAUUGUCAGUUGUAUAUUGUUGCGAAUAGCUGAAUUCAUCGUUCUUUUGACUCUCAUUCAAUUUUAUCAUUCCUACAUGGUUUAUCAAUGUUACAUUUUAUGACCUAUAUCCACCUCAUCAUCAGCUUUGGUUGGGGGAUUGCAAACUCUUUGUUAGUCGCUAACAAAGGCUUCGCAAUUUUGGCGGUUUUUCUUACCCCAACUUUGAUUCUCAACAAAAAUAUCUUAAGAUACAGUCUAUUAUUUUGUUAAUGUAAUUUGUUUAGGAAUGUAUAUAGUUAUCCGUCAUUUUAUCAUUAAAAUGACAAUAUUUCAAUUCAUCUAAGUGUUUGUCUUUUCUUUGAUUGCUAAUCAAACAGAGCAAAGCUCAUCAGGAUGAGGUGGAUUCAUAAAUAAGAAUUUAUAUGAAGGAUAAAUUGAUUUAUGAAUACCGAAGUGUUACCACGCAGUCAGUUACUGAAUUUUAUCAAUUAGUGGUAUGACAUCUACUUCUCACAAAAUUUAGACAUCACAGCCUAAACCCGAUUAUCAGUUUAUCACGAUGAGUAGAUAACACGGGUCACAGAAAUAUUAUAAUUAGCUUAUGAAACAAAGGAAAUUGAAACAAUCGCUUUUUACCUUUUUACAAAUAGAAUACGUGUUAAAGGUGAAUAUUUUCGCUUAACCCACCCUCCCAACCCUCUCCUCAUUUCUCUUCCUUGACUGUGGUGACAUUUCGAUAUUCAUGCGUGUUUUCGGUUUUUCUUACCCCAACUUUGAUUCUCAACAAAAAUAUCUUAAGAUACAGUCUAUUAUUUUGUUAAUGUAAUUUGUUUAGGAAUGUAUAUAGUUAUCCGUCAUUUUAUCAUUAAAAUGACAAUAUUUCAAUUCAUCUAAGUGUUUGUCUUUUCUUUGAUUGCUAAUCAAACAGAGCAAAGCUCAUCAGGAUGAGGUGGAUUCAUAAAUAUA